AUGGCGGCAAACAACAAGCUCCCCCUGACAAACAACAACAUGCAUACCGCGACGAACAGCAACAGCAAUGGCGGUAGCAGCAAUAUGCCGCCUGCAAGUCCCAGCCACAGUAGCACUGCGGAUGACGAAUCGUUCUAUGGCCUACCAGAAAUUCCACCAAUUUCCAGGAUCUGGGGAAAAUAUGGGUUCGCAGUAGAGAUCAUUCAACAGCCCAAACGUGCUCGCAUGUGUGGGUUUGGGGACAAGGAUCGCCGUCCUAUCACGCCGCCUCUUAUUGCCAAGCUCCACAUCUUUGAUCCAGAGACCCAUAAAGAGAUCGAUUAUAGCAAAGUCGUCGACCUGUCAAAAUUUAUCCUCGGCGUUGAUUUGUGGGACGUGUAUGGCACUCACGAAGACAACUGUGUCAGAAACAACACAACAUCUCCCUCGAUAUCGUCAACCAUCACCACUCCUUAUCCUCCAGUCGCCACCGGUGGGUUGCGUUCGGUGCAGCAACUUCGCCCUUAUGAUGUUACAAAUCUCCCAAGUUGGCGUGGAGCCAGAGAUCCCGGCUCCUCGUCCACACCAACGAGUGCCCCCACAUCUGCCUCUUCUACCUACAACAACGAUUCCUUGGAACAACGUAAUCCAUCGUACCCAUACAAUAACGACAUGCAUUACAAUGGUCAACACCAGAAUGGCUACGACAAUCCUUCACAUCGCCGAACCUCCCCUCAUGAGCCAAACCCUUCGUCAGCCGCACCGCUACGUUCCGCUCGAUCUUCGCAAGACCUGGGACAUCUAACCCCGGUCAGGGGUGAACCUUCCAAGAACCUCAUCGGCCAGUGCCACACUAGUGUCCAAAGGUUGGACGAUGAGAAUAAGGAGGUAGGACUCUACUUCAUCUUCCAGGACUUGAGUGUGCGGACGGAGGGCUGGUUUCGACUCAAGUGUGCCCUGUUUUGCUUGGCGAAGCUCGUCAUGGACGAUGAUGACGACAGCGACCCUACCUCGAAUGAGCUAUAUCAAGAAGCACCCUGUCUGGCUUCGACAUUCACGCUGCCGUUCAAGGUCUUCAGCGCGAAAAAGUUCCCUGGGGUGGUCGAAACCACGCAUCUGAGUAGAAUUUUUGCGGACCAAGGGAUCAAAAUACCUAUUCGUAGGGAUGGGCAGAGAGGAAAGAGAAGGGCUGAAGAUGAUGGCGAUGGCGCAAAUGGAGACGGCGAAUACGAAGGAGAAGAUGGAUCUGAAGAGCCGGUGUAG